CGUCUAAUUAGGGAAAUGCAGAGUUACACCAGCGAGCGGCGAUACAAACAAAAGAAUUAACGCAAUUCGUUUCGCUAAAACGCAGAAUCGAAAAUUAUCAUGCGAGACAAAAGGAGAGUUAUUAUACAAAAUUGCCAUGGAGAAAAUCUUGUUGGGAUCUUACAUGAUGCGGCUUCAACAGAACUUGUUAUCGUGUGCCACGGCUUUCAAUCUUCCAAGGAAAGGAUCCCAAUGGUGAACCUUGCUGCUGCUCUGGAAAAAGAUGGAAUCAGUUCCUUCCGCUUUGACUUUGCUGGAAAUGGGGAAAGUGAAGGUUCAUUUCAGUAUGGUAACUACUACAGAGAAGUUGAAGACCUGCGAGCUGUAGUUCAAUACUUCCGUGAGGAGAAACAUGUAAUUACAGCAAUUGUUGGCCACAGUAAAGGGGGUAAUGUGGUGCUCUUAUAUGCCUCAAAAUAUAAGGAUGUUGAUAUUGUUGUCAAUAUAUCUGGCCGGUUUAAUCUAGCGAGAGGCAUGGAAAGUCGCUUGGGCAAAAAUUUUAUACAAAGGAUCAAACAAGAUGGAUUUAUAGAUGUUAAAAAUAAAAGAGGGAAGAUUAUGUAUCGUGUUACUGAAGAAAGUUUGAUGGAUCGUCUAUCUACUAUUACCCAUCUUGCCUGCCUAUCAAUUCCUGAAAAUUGCAGAGUUUUGACAGUUCAUGGAUCCAUGGAUGAAACUGUACCAGCAGAAGAUGCUUUAGAGUUUGCUAAGUUCAUAUCUAAUCAUGAACUGCGCAUCGUAGAAGGAGCUGAUCAUGAAUACUCUUGUCAGCAAGAUGAGUUGAACUGCUUAGUUUUGGAAUUCAUCAAGGCUCAUAAUGAUAACAACAGAGAUACGUCUAAGCAGACACGUUUUGGAAGAGUAGAUAAACCUAUUCGUUCACGAUUCUAGUUCUUGCAGAAUAUGCGGAUCCAGUACCUCUUCUAUUUAAACCAUCCUUCUUACAAAUAAUGCCACAACCUUGACAAGUAAGCAAGAAAGAUGGAGUCAAACCUCGUACCAUUUCUAUCUUCCUAUGUGCCCACCUGGUAGCCAGCCAAUAAGCAGUAGCUGUCAGAGUUAAGGAAAAUUGACAAAUGUUACCCAAGUUUCUCAUUAUUGAACCUCAAUAGUUGCACACUUGACAAGAAUUGCUGCAUCAUUAUUGCUAGGUUGUCAAUCUGACAUUAAACUCUUGUCGCUACUGCUUAAAGGUUAUGCUCUUGCAUACUACUACAGGUGAGCGAUGAAAUGAACAAUUUGACAUCUGGAGCAUGAUUGCAUGAACAUGGAUCAUCUGGUAGAUAGAACAUAUGAAGUACAGCUGAUUGAAUUUUCAUUAUCUUAGGUGAGCAAUAACAGCUAACAAGUAAUUAAAGGGCAACUACUAAAACAAUUGGUCUUGGAGGUUGACUACAAUGUUUGUAAUUACCGAGUACAGACUACCUACUGCUGUGUACAGAUUUACUUAUGACCAUAACAUUA